CCCCUAUCCCUUCUCCUCCUCCUUCCUAGCUCCGCUCCUUCCUUGCCCCCGCCCCCUCUCCCGCUUCGCCGCCACGAUUCCCUCACCUCUGCUUCUCCCUCCCUCUCUCGACCCCUCGGCCACCACCGGCUCGGCUAUAUAUACCACGCGAUCCCAGUAGCCUCCCCCGUCCGUCCGUCUUGCCGCGCCGACCGCCGGUUCUUGGAUGGUUUGUGCUACUAGGGUGGCCGCUGCCGCGCGCUGACCUUCCUUGCCCAUCCCCCUCCCUCGAUGGAUUACCCCGCCUGGCCUUCCUCCUCCUCGCCUGCCGCCGCGCCGCGCGGGUCCUGCUGGCGCUGCCUCCACGCGCUGUGGACGGCGUGCGGGAGGUGCGGCGCCGUCGCCGCCGAGGCGGCGGGGUGGACGGUCUGCGCGCUGCUCACCUGCGUCUUCGCCGUCGUGGGCUCAUUAGUUGGAAUCUUCAUCGGCGCGUUCAUGGGGAUGUCCACCGAGAGCGGCAUGCUACGAGGCGCCGGUGUCGGAGCGGUCUCCGGCGCAGUCUUCUCCAUCGAGGCUGUUGAAUCGUGCAUCGAAAUUUGGAGGUCCAGUGAAUCAGGGAAAUACAGCAUUAUCUUCGUGCUGGACAUCAUCUCUAGCCUCUUCAGUGGAAGGAUUGUGUGGGAGAAGGUCAGUCCAGCACUGCAACGUGCAGUGCAGAGUCAGAUGAGUCUACUGAGUACACCGUUCAUCGACAAUAAUGAUCUUUUCGAAACCGGAAGUACAGGGGGCAUGUCAAGAGAUCUAAUCAACAAAAUCCCAAGGACCACGUUCAGUGCUGCAACCAACUCUGAUCAGGAAACUGACAACUGUUGUGCAGUUUGCCUUCAGGAUUUUGGAGCAUCGCAAUUCGUUCGAGUCUUGCCUCAUUGCCAGCACACAUUCCACGAACGAUGCAUCGACAACUGGCUUUUCAGGCACGCGUCAUGCCCGCUAUGCAGGGCUGGUGUUCAUAUAGAUCAUAUACAUAUGUAAAAGAGAAAUCGCAGAGCACCUGGUGUAUUUUCAUAGUCGAAUACCCGUGCCCGCGUUUCAUAUAUAAGUAUAAUAGUCUUUUGUACACAUAGGAGGCCCUUUUUUUCCAGUCUUUGUGCUAUGCUUCAGCUGCACGUUUUUUUGCCACAACAAUAACAUGUUAUGUACAUUCUCUAAAAUGGACUAACUAACAAUCUCUCCGAAUCAUGGCUUUGUACUGAAGUCUGAAGAACUCUGGUGUGUGUGUGCUUGCUUCAAUG